GCCGGCUCGGUGGAGUCCGGAUGGAGGACUCGGACUCGGCCGCCAAGCAGCUGGGCCUGGCCGAGGCGGCGGCGGUGGCGGCCGCGGCCGCUGUGGCGGCGGCGGCCGCGGCCGCAGCGGGAGGCGAGGCGGAGGAGCCGGUGCUCAGCAGGGACGAGGAUUCGGAGGAGGACGGGGACUCGGAGGCAGAGCGCGAGACGCGGCGGGUGACGGCCGUGGCGGUGAUGGCCGCCGAGCCCGGGCACAUGGACAUGGGCGCCGAGGCCCUCCCGGGCCCCGACGAGGCCGCCGCGGCCGCAGCCUUCGCAGAGGUGACCACGGUGACCGUGGCCAACGUGGGUGCCUCCGCAGACAACGUCUUCACCACGUCCGUGGCGAAUGCUGCCUCCCUCUCGGGACACGUUCUGUCCGGCAGGACAGCGCUGCAGAUCGGGGACAGCCUGAGCACUGAGAAGGCCACGCUGAUCGUCGUGCACACAGACGGGAGCAUCGUGGAGACGGCCGGGCUGAAGGGGCCCGCUGCUCCGCUCACCCCAGGCCCUCAGUGUCCUCCAAGUCCUGCAGCUCCCGGCCAGGAGAGAGGGGGCACCAAGUACAACUGGGACCCGUCAGUGUAUGACAGCGAGCUGCCCGUGCGGUGCCGGAACAUCAGCGGCACGUUGUUCAAGAGUCGGCUGGGCUCAGGGGGCCGGGGCCGCUGCAUUAAGCAGGGGGAGAACUGGUACAGUCCCACCGAGUUUGAGGCCAUGGCGGGGAGAGCCAGCAGUAAAGACUGGAAGAGGAGCAUCCGCUACGCAGGCCGGCCGCUGCAGUGCCUCAUUCAGGACGGGAUCCUAAACCCUCAUGCUGCGUCUUGCACCUGCGCCGCGUGCUGCGACGACAUGACCUUGAGCGGCCCGGUCAGGCUCUUCGUCCCCUACAAAAGGCGCAAGAAGGAGAGUGAGCUGCCCGCAACCCCCGUGAAGAAGGAGCCCCCCAAAAACAUCGCACUGCUCCCUGCCGCAGCGGCCGCCGCCUUCACCGUGACUCCCUCAGGACAGAUCACUACCUCGGGCGCGCUGACCUUUGACCGGGCGUCCACUGUGGAGGCUACCGCCGUCAUCUCAGAGAGCCCGGCCCAGGGCGAUGUCUUCGCGGGAGCCACGGUGCAAGAGGCAGGGGUGCAGCCCUCCUGCAGAGUCGGCCACCCGGAGCCCCACUACCCAGGUUACCAGGACAGCUGUCAGAUCGCGCCAUUUCCAGAAGCUGCGUUGCCGACAUCUCAUCCCAAAAUAGUGCUAACCUCGCUGCCGGCCUUGGCGGUUCCACCGUCCGCCCCCACCAAAGCCGCGUCUCCCACGGCGGUCACCGGGCUGGAAAUGUCGGAGCCGCGGAGCUGGCUGUACCUGGAAGAGAUGGUCAACUCCUUGCUCAGUACGGCGCAGCAGCUGAAGACGCUGUUCGAGCAGGCCAAGCAGGCCAGCUCCUACCGAGAAGCGGCCGUGGCCCAGGCCCGCGUCCAGGCAGAGACCGAGCGGAAAGAGCAGUGCUGUGUCAACUGCGGCCGCGAGGCCCUGAGCGAGUGCACCGGCUGCCACAAAGUGAACUACUGCUCCACCUUCUGCCAGCGCAAGGACUGGAAGGACCACCAGCACCUGUGUGGUCAGUCGGCAGCCGUCACUGUCCAGGCGGACGAAGUCCACGUCACUGACAGCGUGAUGGAGAAAGUCACCGUGUGAGGGUCCCCGGGUCCCCCCGCCUUGGUUCCACGGAGCUGCCGGGCGUUGGGGACCUCAGGGGAUGUUGAGGAGAAGGUGAAAACACUUGCUGGUCAAGUUGUUAACAGACUCUUAAGUGACCUGUGCCCUCAGAAAUGAGCUCCCGCCACCCAGAAGUCCUGAGGGAGGCCGGGGCAGCGGCUGGUGGACGCAGGCCCCGGGCCCUUGGCGCCUUCUCUCGGUGCUGUUUUUAUCCCCUGGAUCGCGAGCGCCUGGUCUUACCCACAGGCGUGGCGUGUGUGCUAACACACGUGUACAUAACGUGUCUGUCAAUAAAGGUGACCUCCCUGCCCCUCCGGGACGGGUGACCCCA